UUUGUUGAGUUGCGUAGUUAAAUCUUUUUAACUUGAAACACAGAAAAGCAGUAACAUUAUACGUAUAGCUCUGUCGCAUUACAGGAAUGGAGACCGAAAUUAAGGCUCCCAACAGCUCAACCGAAAAGAAAAUAAACAGCCAAGGAUCUGAAAAGACGAAAAAGAAAAAAAACUCAAAAGGCAAAUUGCAUCCAAGCCGUGUUAAGACGAGUGCUAUUGAGCAACAUGAAAUAAAAAACCUACAAAUACGCUACACAGCUGUUGAAACGUCAGCCAUCAAGAAAUUUAGGGACAUUCCACUUUCGAAGAAAACGUUGCAAGGUCUCAAGCAAAAUGAGUAUGUUACACCCACUGACGUGCAAAAAGAGAGUGUUGUUCUUGCUCUUCGAGGAAUGGACGUACUGGGAGCUGCCAAAACUGGCAGUGGCAAAACUCUUGCCUUUGUUAUCCCUGUUCUCGAAAGACUGUAUUGCAUGCAGUGGACUCGCAUGGAUGGUCUUGGUGCCCUGAUCAUAACCCCAACACGUGAACUUGCCUACCAGAUUUUUGAGACAUUCCGAAAAGUUGGCAUACAGCAUGACUUUUCUGCUGGUCUAAUUAUUGGAGGAAAGGAUCUUAACUUUGAAAAGAAACGUCUAGAUCAGUGUAACAUUAUGAUUUGCACUCCCGGAAGAGUACUUCAUCACAUGGACGAAAAUCCAUUGUUUGACUGCUCCAACCUUCAAAUCUUGGUUAUUGAUGAGGCAGAUCGAUGCUUAGAUCUUGGUUUCCAAAAUACGAUGAACGGUAUAAUCGAAAAUUUACCCCCGAAAAGGCAAACCCUACUCUUUUCCGCCACGCAAACCAAGUCGGUCAAAGAUCUCGCACGGUUGAGUUUAAAGGAUCCCGUCUACGUUUCUGUUCACGAGCACGCGCAGUACUCGACACCCGAGUCUUUGCGUCAGAGCUACAUCAUCACUCCCAUUCAAAAUAAAGUCGACAUCUUAUGGUCUUUUCUCAGGAGUCACAGAAAGAAGAAACUGAUUGUUUUUUUGACUUCUUGCAAACAGGUUCGCUUCAUCCAUCAAGCUUUUACCCGUCUACGACCAGGCCUUCCCGUUUUGGCGUUGUAUGGCACCAUGCACCAAAUGAAGCGCAUGUCAGUCUACGAAGAGUUUUGCGAAAAAGAAACAGCUGUGUUGUUCGCUACGGACAUUGCCGCCCGAGGAUUAGAUUUUCCCAACAUUGACUGGGUUCUUCAAAUGGAUUGUCCAGAUGAUGCUAGUAGUUACAUACACCGAGCAGGCCGGACUGCGCGCUAUCAGAAAGGAGGCGAAUCGUUACUGAUGUUGCUACCGUCUGAAGAAGCUAUGGUUGAACAGUUGGCUCAAAAGAAAAUUCCCAUACAGAAAAUUGAAGUAAAUCCCGCAAAACUUCUUUCUAUCCAACGCAAACUCGAAGCUAUGCUUGCUCGUGAUGUGGAAUUGAAACAAAUGGCCCAGCGCGCAUUCGUCACUUAUACAAAAUCGAUUUUCCUCAUGAAAGACAAGUCGAUUUUUGAUGUCACUGCCAUCGAUUUGAACGCUUUGGCACGGUCGUUGGGUUUGGCACUUGCACCACGAGUCCGUUUUCUACAAAAACAUUUGAAGGCAACAGCAGCGACUGAGCCACCACAAGCCCCUCGAAUGCUGAAACCAAAUUAUGACACCCCAGACAAAAAGACGGUCGGAGUUGAAUCGACCGAGCAGAAGUGGAGGCGGAACGACUUGGAAGCAGCUUAUAAUUUCCACGCAGAAAAUGAAGAACAGGAUUCUGACAGUGAUGAAGGCAUUUUCAAACUUAAGCGCAAAGACCACACAUUGCCUGGAGUAGUAGAAUCCGAAGAAGAGCUUGCUGUUGAGAAAAAGAAAAAGGAAAAAAUUUUGACAAAAGAGAAAGUAGCUAAACGCAUCCUUGCCAAAAAACUCAAAGCCAAUAAAAUUGUCAACUUUGACGAUGAUGGAAAUAGGAUUUACGACGCCACUCGCGAAAAGGUUUCAGAGCUCGGUCGAAACCUGGAAAUUGAAGCCGUGAUGUCGAUUACUGGCGGCAUCAACUUGGAUGAAGCCAAGAAGGCAAUGGAAGAAGAAGACAAAUACGACAAAGAACUUUUCCGUCAACGCAUCAAAGCCAAACAUCGCGAAGAUCGCCUUAAAGCCAAGGCAGAACGCAGAUUAGCUAACCGAGUAGCCAAGGAAGAAGAAAAAUCUGCGGAUGACGAAGAGGAAGAAUCAGAAGAUGAGGAGAGUAUUGACGGAUCAGUUGCAGAUAUUAUCGACGCUUUACCUGAUCCUGAUCGUAUCUACGGUUCCAACCAAGGCGGCAGCGAUGAAGAUGGCGAUGUCUAUAGGGGGCCACCCGUUGCAAAGAAACGUACACGACUGAGCGAAAGUGAAGAUGAUGACGAAAGUGAAGAGGAAGAAGAACCUAUCAAGCGAAAAUUGAUUGCCAAGAAACAAUCCCAAUCGAGUGACGAUGACGAUAGCCAAGAGCUACCUUCACCAACAAAGACGAAAAAGAAGUGGGUCAAGAAGAAGCCUCCAAAGAAACAGAAACCUGCCAAGGUGAAGAAGUUUGACACAGGCUUGGAUCUGGCUAUGGACGAAGAAUUGGCUCUUCAUAUUCUUGGAUCUAAAAACUGAGGCAAUCCUGGGGUCUUCGUGAAAUACAUUGUCAGCUAAAUGGAG